AGUAAACCAAAACUUUCCAUCCCCCAGCCCGCUUUCCUGGUGCCCGCUGCUUCCUGUCUCUCAGCCUGGUACUCAGCCAGAGCGGCGGAAAUUGCCGGUUAGCCUAUCUUCGGGACAGGGCGGCUCUUUGUCUCCUCCGUAUGAUUUGAAGAGCUAUUUACCUCUCGUGUGUGUUCACCAUCACCGCACCGACCGGGAGCGGGAAGGACCUAAACUGCUGCUGCUGCAGGAGACCAAUUUGCUGAUUGUAGGAGUAGGCCCUCCAUCCGUUGGCGUUGUUUGCACGUCAGCAGAGGCUGAUGCUAAAGCUGAAGCCUGAAAGCCUCACAGCUUCCGCAUGUUUCUUCGUUGAUGAUUUUUGUCAGGUCCACCAGAGAACUGCCUUCAAGCAACGCCUACUACCACCCCGUACUUUAUACUCCCCGGCCGACGUACGCAACCACCUGGAACGCAAUGGAUGAGAACGAAGUGAUGGCUGCGUACCUGUGGAGCAAGCAAUCCCAGGACCUGUACGCAAGCCACGGUCUGAAGGAUCUGCACCAUCUGCAUCAGGACUUCAUCAUCAACGAUUACACGGACAAGAUUGCCACCAACAUCGAUCUGCUCGAUACGGAGCUGAAGUUUGCCUGGGCCGCGCUGAAUCUGCUCAACGAAGAGUACACCCGGAUGUCGGAGAAGGUGUUCAAGCUGCAAUCGUUGAACAUCUCGCAGCAGCGGAUCGUGCAGAAUCUGCAGUUUAUGGAGGAGAAUCGGAAAGCGUACCUGGACAUGAUACCGGACUACGCGCGGCAUCAUGAUUAUUCGCUGCAGGAACAGUCGCGCUUGCGGGAAGAUUUGCAGUACCGUGAUUGUAUUAACGAGGCGUACAUGCACAGUUUGCAGCCGCAUCAGAUGAUGCCACCGGCUGGGCCGGCGUAUCCGCCGCAGGCGUACGAGCUGGGUCAGUAUGGACCUGUGAACGGAGUAGCCGGUUACGAGGCGCAGCAGGAAUAUUGGCUGAUGCGACGCAAUUUGUCUAACAUUCCGGAGGUGCUGCAAGAGCAGCAGCAGCAGCAACAGCAGCAGGUUCAACAGCCGGUUCGGUAUCAACAUGAUGCUGCGCGGUUGUCCACCAAUCCGUUUCUGGUGGAGGCUGAGGGUGGGAUUUUGAGGGAGAUUGAGCCGGCGGAUAAUGCUGCGUUGAUUGAACAGCAGCUGCGUGCUUCGUUUUUGAAUCACGCCAAGCAGAUGGAGUUGGAGUAUGGUUCGCCUCUGGCGAAGCAGCAUGCUGUGGAGCAGGGUAUUGAGCGGAUGAGUAAUGGGGAUAUCAAGCAGAUGAUGGCGAAGGUGAUGGAUGAUGAAGAUGUGGCGUCGUUGAGCAGUGAGGAGCUGGAAAAGGUGCGGACGUUUAUGGCGAAGAAUUGUGGUGAUUUGCGGGAGGUGUUUGCGGAGGAGUUUUCGCCGCUGGCGAAGGAUUCGAAAGCUGGUGAGCGGUUGAUUGCACGGAACAAGCAGGGUGGCGUUAGUCCGAAGAAGGACUUUACUAAGUAUAUUCAUUUGCCGCAUGCCGAGGGGAUUGCUUCGCUGACGAAUGACGAUCUGCUUACGGUCGAAGACGGGACAAUCAUAAUUCAGGAUAAUGCCGGAACUAGAGACAACGAAUUCCAGCUCAACUUAACGGCAGUCCAUCCAGUGAAUGGCCUCGGUUCGGGGUCGCCUAAGAAAUUGAGCGAAUUUUCGCCUUUUGGCUUGCAGAAGUGUCUAGCGAAGGAGCUGCGAGUGGAGAAGGAGAACAAUCUGGACGCUUCGAUGAGCAAAGCGUUCACGGAGAAUUUGCUUAACAAACCUAACCUCGCUGAUCUGAUGAACAGUAAACCGUGCGCCGAUAACUCGUUAACCUAUACAAACGUCAACGGAGAACCGGAGUCGAUUUUUAGUCAAAGCUUUAAGGAAGCGGUCGAAGCGAAACUGGUCGGCCAAGCGGUUCAGAUCGCUGGCAACAUGAUGGGGUUGGGCGAACCGGUUCCAAUGUUUGCGACGGUUACGAUGAAACCGAAUAUCAGCGAAGCUUUGGAGGCAGCUGCCUCCUCUGGCCUGCCGGCGGACUGUAGAAGACCAAGCAUCACCGAAGCUUCCGAAACUAGGCGAGUAAGUGUUACCGAAUCAUCAUUGUUCUCAACUGUAGUUAGAAAACCAAGUUUAACCACGGCUUCCGAAAUGCCGAUUAAGUCUACUAGCAUUAGCGAUACGCCCGAGCAGCCGUUGUUUGCGACGAUUCCUCGCAAAGCGAGCCUAAACGAGCCGCUGGAACCGUCAGCUUUCCAGCCGUUUGUUCGGAAAUCUAGCAUUAAGGAACCCCCAUCAAGUCCUCCGAUGUUUACUCCGCUACCGGGACAGACUUCCAUCACGGACACUCCGGAGAUGCAAGCCAUCUACGAGUCACUGUCGCGCAAAUCCAGCAUUCCAACGCUCGGAGAUGGAAUGUUCUUCCCGUCGCUGGAUAUUUCCGAUUCUGGAUUUGCAGAAUCCACCGACGGGAUGAGUUUGUUCCCCACGAUUCCUCUGACACUCUCUUCCAGCGAUGCUCCGGUCAGUUUACCGGAUUUCUCCACUCUGUCGACUAUAUCGAACGUUCCGGAAACUUCGGAAGCCUCUUCGUUCCUUCACAUUUCCAUGAACUCCUCCGGAAUCAGUGAGGCUUCCGAUAGUCUUACAAUGCCAGUAUCUACGACGGAACCUACAACACUAUCUUCGGCCUCCAACAAUCUAAAUCAAAACCUUGCAGUCAUAUCGAAGGACGCUGGUCUUCCUCAAAUACAGGAAAAAAUAUCCACCUUACCACCCAUAUCAGCUGCUCCGGCAACAAUCGCCGCCCUAGCGGACAGUAAACCGAUAGCUCAAGCCACGGCACCUCCCGUUACGUUUGUCUCAACGACAGCAACUCUAGCGACCGUUAAACCAACACCAGCCGUAAGUCAAACACCAGCUCAACCGACAACAGCAGUCCCUCAAAUGGCGAAGCCAGCGACAAGCCCAGCUCAAAAACCAACUCCCGUAUCACAACCACCAACGACCGUCGCCCAACAACCAACAACAACAGCUCAACCAAAGCAACAACCGCCUCAACAGCAACAACAACCACAACCACAACCCCAGCAACCACCCCAGCAGGAAUCAAAAAGUGGCUUCUUCCAGUCAUCCACGGCCAACUUCGGCAGUUUCUUCAACAAAGGCAUCAAAAAUCUCACCCACCAGGAAAGCUCGGACAGUCUAAUCAGCACCAAAUCCAAGGCCUUCUUCGCUACGAUGAAAAGCUCCUUCUCGCUGGAUUCCUCCAAACAAUCCCUGGAUGAAGGAACCCCUCAACAACAACAGUCCCAGCAACCGUCUCAACAACAACAACAACAACUGGAACCAACCACGGAAUCAUCGCAGGACCUUCAGUCGCCUCCGUCGUCGACAGGGGCCGCCGCCAGCGGCGGCCAGCAGGUGGUAAUGCCGGGCGCACCAGAAGAAACCACAACUACUUCACCCCCACUACAAUCCCCAGCAGACGUAGGACAAGCACUGUUUCAACAGCAACAACAACAACAGCUACAACAACAGAUUACACCAACAACAGUGCAAGAACAACAGCAACAGCAACAAGUAUUCUCUCCGACAGGGGAACCGAUGGUCGCCGAAUUCCAGGACGGCAGCACAACGACACCCAACGCACAAGAACUUGCCGCAGCCGAACAGCAGCAGCAGCAGCAGCAGCCGGAUGAUGAAGCACCGAAGCCGACGCACAGAAAGCAGAGCUUAUUUCGAGCCCAAGGAAGCGAAGAUGGCGAAGGAGGCAGCAAGUGGAAGCUGCUGAAAACGUUGAAGGAAAAGCGAAUCGAGGAAAAGCAAAAGGUAGCGGACAGUGAAGAGGCCACCGAUGAGCCGGGCCUCUUCAAAAAGGUCGACGUUGGCAAACCCGAAGAAGCCGAGAAACGUAACGGAACGUCAGACAGUGGACGCGGAAAUGGAUUGGGAGACAAUACCUUCUACAGCAACAUCGACAGCAUGCCGGACAUUCGUCCCCGGCGGAAGUCGAUACCGUUGGUGUCGGAGCUGGUAAGUAAAACGAUGGCGGCAACGAAGCGGCAGGCCGGAUUGACUUCGGCCGUUCCCCGAGCGACGCUGAACGAUGAAGAGCUGAAAAUGCACGUCUACAAGAAAGCCCUCCAGGCGCUGAUCUACCCGAUCUCAUCGACGACACCGCACAACUUCGUACUGUGGACAGCAACUUCCCCGACCUACUGCUACGAGUGCGAAGGACUGCUGUGGGGUAUCGCCCGUCAGGGUGUUCGGUGCACGGAAUGUGCGGUCAAGUGCCACGAGAAAUGCAAGGAUCUCCUGAAUGCGGAUUGUUUGCAGAUGUGUUUUGCUGGCGCGUCGGAGAAAAGUUCGAAACAUGGUGCCGCUGAGGAUAAGGCGAAUUCCGUGAUUGCCGCCAUGAAAGAACGGAUGAAGCAACGCGAACGGGAUCGGCCGGAGAUUUUCGAAGUUAUUAGGAAAGUAUUCAACGUCGAGGAGAAAAGUCACGCCGGUCACAUGAAGGCAAUCAAGCAGAGCGUCCUGGACGGUACCAGCAAGUGGUCGGCCAAGAUUGCCAUCACCGUGAUCUGCGCCCAGGGACUGAUUGCGAAGGACAAGAGCGGCACCAGCGAUCCGUACGUUACCGUCCAGGUGAGCAAGGUGAAGAAGCGAACGCGCACGAUGCCGCAGGAGCUGAAUCCGGUGUGGAAUGAGAAGUUUAACUUUGAAUGCCACAACUCCUCCGAUCGCAUCAAGGUACGGGUCUGGGACGAAGAUAACGAUCUCAAGUCCAAACUGCGACAGAAGUUAACACGCGAAUCCGACGACUUCCUGGGGCAGACAAUCAUCGAGGUGCGGACGCUUUCGGGCGAGAUGGACGUGUGGUACAAUCUGGAGAAGCGAACGGACAAGUCGGCCGUUUCGGGCGCAAUUCGGUUGCACAUCUCCGUCGAGAUCAAGGGCGAGGAAAAGGUGGCUCCAUAUCACGUGCAGUACACCUGUCUGCACGAAAACGUUUUCCACUAUCUGUGCGAGGAAGCCCUGGGAGCGGUCAAUCUACCGCAAACCAAAGGGGACGACGGCUGGAAGAUCUACUUCGACGAAACGCCGGAGGAGAUUGUCGACGAGUUCGCCAUGCGGUACGGCAUCGAGAACAUCUACCAAGCGAUGACGCACUUCCAUUGCCUAUCGACCAAGUACCUGUGCGCGGGCGUCCCGGCAGUGAUGAGUACCUUACUAGCAAACAUUAACGCUUACUACGCACACACGACAGCUUCGAGUGCUGUCUCGGCCAGUGAUCGCUUCGCCGCCAGCAACUUUGGCAAAGAAAAAUUCGUUAAACUACUGGACCAACUGCACAACUCUCUCCGUAUCGAUUUAUCAAUGUAUCGCAACAACUUCCCCGCUUCCAGUCAGGAGAAACUGAUGGAUCUCAAGUCCACGGUCGAUCUGCUAACCAGUAUUACAUUUUUCCGCAUGAAGGUACAAGAACUGUCUAGCCCACCUAGAGCCAGCACCGUCGUGAAGGAUUGCGUGAAAGCCUGUCUACGCUCAACGUAUCAGUUUUUGUUCGAGAACUGCUACGAGCUGUACAAUCGAGAAUUUCAGGUCGACCCGAACGAAAAACAAGGGGACAACGACCACGGACCAAAGCUAGAAAACGUCGACUUUUGGCACAAACUAAUCGCACUUUGCGUAUCGGUUAUAGAGGAAGAUAAGAAUAGUUAUAGUGCAGUGCUUAAUCAAUUCCCGCAGGAGCUUAAUAUAGGACAGGUAUCGGCCGCCACGAUGUGGAGUCUGUUUGCGAUCGAUAUGAAGUAUGCGCUCGAGGAGCACGAGCAGCACCGGCUGUGCAAGUCGUCCGCCUACAUGAAUCUGCACUUCAAGGUCAAGUGGCUGUACACGAACUACGUGAAGGAGGUCCCACCGUACAAGGGCGCCGUGCCCGAAUACCCCGCAUGGUUCGAACCGUUCGUGAUGCAGUGGCUGAACGAGAACGAUGACGUUUCGCUCGAGUACCUGCACGGUGCCUUCAAGCGGGACAAGAAGGACGGGUUCCAAAAGAGUAGCGAACAUGCGCUGUUCUCCAACUCAGUCGUGGAUGUGUUCACGCAGUUAACGCAGUGCUUCGAUGUAGUUAGUAAACUGGACUGCCCGGAUCCGGAGAUCUGGAAGCGGUACAUGCGACGGUUCGCCAAAACUAUUGUUAAGGUGUUGCUUGCUUACGUAGAUAUAGUUAAAACAGAAUUCCCCGAUAUCAUGCACGAGGAGAGAACGGCUUGUAUUCUAAUGAACAACAUUCAACAACUGCGGGUCCAACUGGAGAAGAUGUUCGAUUCGAUGGGCGGAGACAAGCUGGAAGAGGACGCCGCCAACAUUCUGAAGGAACUCCAACAAAACUUGAACACCGCGAUGGAUGAUUUGGCUGUGAUGUUUGCCAAGAGCUUGGAGCCUCGAAUCACCGUGAGCGUUCGUGAGCUGGGUGACCUGCUACAGCAGGUCAAGCAGCAAACUUCGCUGUUCCACGCUCCACCAGCGGACGAUGCCGGACUGAUCGCGAUGGAAGCCGACGAAGUGCUGCGACCGUUGAUGGAUCUUCUGGACGGUUCGCUCUCGAUGUACGCCCAGUCCUGCGAAAAGACGGUACUGAAGCGGCUUCUCAAAGAACUGUGGAAGAUCGUCAUCCGAACGUUGGAGAAGACCAUUGUGCUGCCGCCGAUGGCGGAUAGAGCGAUGGUAUUCAAACAUCUGACGGACAACGCUAAGAAUCUGGCAGCGAACGCAAAGAUCGAAGACAUGUCCAGGCUGAUCAAGAACCACAUGGCCGGCAAACCGGAUGCCAAAAACGUUCUCAGUGGAGUUAUGGAUAUCUCCAAAGAGAUCGAGAAAAACCUUUCGCCGAAGCAAUGUGCCGUUCUGGAGGUCGCCCUGGACACCAUCCAGCAGUAUUUCCACGCCGGUGGCAACGGUCUGAAGAAGCCGUUCCUGGAGAAGUCGCCCGAGCUGCAGAGCCUCAAGUACGCCCUGAGCUUGUACACGCAGACGACCGACACGCUGAUCAAGUCGUUCGUCUCCGGCCAGGGAGCUUCCGAAGAGGGAGGAAUCAGCAGCGACGACGCUUCGGUGGGUGAAGUGUCGAUCCAGAUCGACGUUUCGUCCAAUCCGGAGAACGGUGAACAGAAGAUCUCCGUCAAAGUAAUCGCCGCCAACGAUCUGAAGUGGGGCGUCCCGUCCGGCAUGUUCCGGCCGUUCAUCGAGGUCAACCUGAUUGGGCCGCAUCUGCACGACCGGAAGCGCAAGUUUGCCACCAAGUCCAAGUCGAAGAACUGGUCGCCGAAGUACAACGAAACGUUCCAUUUCAUCAUUGGCAACGAGGAACAGCUGGAGUUUUUCGAGCUGCACAUCUGCGUCAAGGAUUACUGCUUCGCCCGUGAGGAUCGCCUGGUCGGGGUGGCAAUCCUCAAGCUGAAGGACGUGGUCGAUCAGGUAGGCAGGCAACCGGAUCAGGUUUGGUGGUUUUUAUUUUCUGUUUGAGUGCUUUUAAUGUGUGUGUGUGUGUGAAUGUGUGCGAUACGGAAGAAUACCAUUGGGUUUGGGAGAAAAAUCGUUCUCCAAGCUUUUGCUUUAUAGGAACUGCAGCUACGCACCCGGACGGUUUGGAAAGUUUCCGCCACUUCUAAUAGGUAAGUUUUUGUCUGCAUAUGUUUUUCUUGUAAUUUCAUGCCUUGCUCUGGAAGAAACCGGAACAAACAUCGGGAUGUCACAAAUCAAGAGAGUGCUAUUUGAAUAAAUUUAUUGAUGAAAUUGCCACCCAUUUGUUUAUCCGAUAUGUCCAAAAUAUCAAUUAUUUGUUUCAAUCUUUACAUGCCCGGACGUCAAAAUUAAUUUUUAAGCAUCCAAGCCAAAAUAACAAAUUUCAUUUCGGGCAUGCUGGCUAUAUGUCCAGCCAAAUGCUGCGUGCCGUGCCCAUUCAGGGGCCUGCGUCUCACACUUUCCGGGUAAGCGUAUUUACGGAUUUACCGUAGACUUGGCAUCCACGUGCUCGCCGAUUGACAUUCUUCAACAUCUAUGCUUCACGACAGUCGUGGAGCGCCACCAGGAGAUUUAGUGUCUUCAUCUAGUAAAGCUACUUGAAAUCGGAUAUGAAAUUGAACAUAAAUUUGCCCUAAUUUGGACUUGAAACAUUGCUUCAAAUUGAACCAAAAAUGUUGGAGGUGAAAUUGAAGUUGCGCUUGGAAUCAGUUUGACUGGAAGUUUUAUCUUAAAUUAGAUACGAAAUUUACUUGCAAUGACAACUUGUUGGUCGUGAAAUUGCACCGGGAAACUUACUUGAAAUUAGAAUUGAAACUGAAACUGUUUUAAGGCAAUUAAUUCGGUUACCGCAAAGAUAGUCAGCUAAAUUACAAACUACGAACUCACAGGUUCUUCGGGUUAUACGGAUUAUUUUGCUCUGAUUUAAAUUUUAGGAGGUUAGACACAUGCCCCGCUGCUUCACUCCACUGAGCUGAGCUCUAGCUCUCAAUGUCUGUUUAUCCAGUCUGUCUGUCUGUAUGUCUGUCGCAUCUGUCUGUCUGCCCAUCUAUCUAUCUGCCCGUUUGUCUGUCUGUCCCAUCUGUCUAUUUGUCUGUCCCGACUGUGUGUGUCCCGUCUGUCUGUCCCACCUGACUUUCUGUCCUGACUGUCUGUCUGUUCCGUCUGUCUAUUUAUCGCGUCUCUCUGUCUGUCCCGUCAGUCUGUUUAUCCCAUCUAUCUGUUUGUCUCGUCCGUCUGUCUGUUCCAUCUGUCUCUCUGGCCGUCUUUUUAUGCAGUCAGUCUGUUUGUCUGUCCCAUCUGUCUGU